AUGAACAACCAGGACCUCGAAGAUGAAAUCACAUCGAUAAACUCCAUCUACGACGAGACGACCCUGACGGCCAUCGCAAACAACGACAACGACAACAACAAGGCCGACCACCCAUCGUCCAUCCACUGCGCACUGCGCCUGCCCUCGCUCCCCUCCAUCACCCUCCGCCUCGCCUUCCCCGCCGACUACCCGGCCGCGCCGCCGGCGGUGCUGGGCACGCAGAGCGUCGGCGACGACGCCCCCAAGGGCUUCGGCACCCGCGUCGUCGAUGCCGUCCGCGACGUGCUGGCGCGCGUCUACCGGCCCGGCGAGCCGUGCGUCUUCGACGUGCUGGACGAGGUCGAUCAGGCGCUGCAGGCCGCAGGCGCAGGCGCGCUGCUGGAGCGCGACGCCGGCGCUGGCUCGCAGCAGGAAGAAGAUGUCGAUGAUGAUGGUUUGACCACCGCCACCACCACUCACCACGACGGCAAGAAGGCUGAGGACGAUUCGUCGUCGAUGACGACGACGGCACAGAUGGCAACGAGCAACGAACCUCACGACGACAACGACCCACCGCCACCAUCAUGGACCCUCAGCGCCCCGCUCUCCGAAAAGAAGUCCGUCUUCCUCGGGCGCGCGGCCCCCUGCGCCAGCGUCGCCGACGCCAAGCGCGCCAUCGCGCACCUGCUCGCGACGGACAAGAAAGCCGCGCGCGCCACGCACAACAUCUCGGCGUGGCGCAUCCGCGGCACCCGCGAGGACGGCCGCGAGGGUACGACGUACCAGGACUGCGACGACGACGGCGAGGCCGCGGCGGGUGGAAGGCUGCUGCAUCUGUUGCAGCUGAUGGACGCGUGGGAUGUGGUGGUCGUGGUGACGAGGUGGUAUGGCGGGGUGCAGUUGGGGCCGGAUCGGUUUCGGUUGAUUAAUCAGGCGGCGAGGGAGGCGGUGGUGGCGGGGGGGUUUGUGAGGGAGGAGAAGAAGGAGGGUGGUGGUGGUGGUGGGGGGAAGAAGAAGGGGAAGAAGUAG